CGGACCCGUUUGGCUCCAGCAGGUGCCAAACGAUGGACGAAAGUUUGGGAUUUCCGCAAACGGCGGUGUGUACGCUGGAUCCUAUCAGCGGUAAAGUGGCUUCAUGAGUGUCCAAAGUAACAGUGGAAGUGGUGGUGGAAGUUUGGAGGCGACGCCAUCUUGGUCGCAGCUCUCCUCGUCCCCAACGAUUUCUCAACAACAUAUAACGGCGACCGCAAAGAGCAAGGAAGGCCCCAUGGAGGAGCUGCACAGCCUGGACCCCAGGAGACAGGAGUUGCUGGAGGCCAGGUUCACAGGAGCAGUCAGUGGCAACACAGGAGGCAGCACGGGGAGUACCAGUGGAGGUGCUAAGGGUCUGGCCAAUGAGUCUUCUAACCACAGCUAUGGCAGUCUGGGCUCAUCUAGCGACAAGGAAUCAGAGAACUCUGAUUUGAAAAGAGGGAGCUCCCCUGCCUACUCAACCCCGGAGAAAAAGCACUCGGAAUCAUCCAGGGGGAGGAAAAGGAAAGCUGACACUUAUUCAGAGAGCAGUCAAGGGAAGACCUCCACACGUGGGGCCAAGAUCAGUGACUACUUUGAUCUUCAGGGUGGGAAUGGUUCCAGUCCAGUCAGAGGCCUCCCAUCAGCUCGCCGCUCUCCACAGAACUCUCACUCUGCCCCGGGCUCAAUCAUCCGGCAGAACAGCUCCUCUCCUACGAGUCUGUGUUUCGGAGAACACAAUCCCAAAGCCUCCUCCAGCAAGUGUGUCCAGACGGAGCUAACGGGCCUGAAACUUGCCGCUCUGGAGAGCAACAAGAGUCUGGACCUGGAAAAAAAGGAGGGACGUAUAGAUGACCUGCUCAGAGCUAACUGUGACUUGCGGAGGCAGAUAGAUGAACAGCAGAAACUCCUGGAGAAAUACAAGGAGAGGCUCAAUAAGUGCAUCACCAUGAGCAAGAAACUGCUUAUAGAGAAGAGCACCCAGGAGAAGCAGUCAUGUCGUGAGAAAAGCAUGCAGGACCGUCUCCGUCUCGGCCACUUCACCACGGUCAGACACGGAGCGUCCUACACCGAGCAGUGGACGGACGGAUACGCAUUCCAGAACCUGAUCAAGCAACAGGAGGGCAUCAACCAGCAGCGGGAGGACAUAGAGCGACAGAGGAAGCUGCUGGCCAAGAGGAAGCCUCCAAACCCUGCGUCUCCCUCCCUCUCGGUCGCCUCCACUUCUGAAGCCAAGCAGCGAAAAGCUAAGGUGGUCAACGGCAACGACUCGGACCCGUUUCUCAAGCCCUCCUUGCCCCAGCUACUGACACUCGCUGAGUACCACGAGCAGGAAGAAAUCUUCAAGCUUCGCCUAGGACAUCUGAAGAAGGAGGAAGCAGAGAUCCAGGCAGAGCUGGAGCGGUUGGAGCGGGUGAGGAACCUCCAUAUCCGAGAGCUGAAGAGGAUAAACAACGAGGACAGCUCAGCGUUUAAAGACCAUCCCACCUUGAAUGAGAGGUACCUGCUGCUGCACUUGCUGGGCAGGGGUGGCUUCAGUGAAGUCUACAAGGCUUUUGACCUGAUUGAGCAGCGCUACGCAGCUGUUAAAAUCCACCAGCUCAACAAAAACUGGAGAGAGGAGAAAAAGGAGAACUACCACAAGCAUGCAUGCAGGGAGUACCGGAUACACAAACAGCUGGACCAUCCCAGAAUAGUCAAGCUGUAUGACUACUUCUCCCUGGAUACUGACACCUUCUGUACAGUUCUAGAGUUCUGCGAAGGCAACGACCUGGACUUCUACCUGAAGCAAAACAAGCUGAUGUCGGAGAAGGAGGCGCGCUCCAUUGUCAUGCAGAUUGUCAGCGCCCUGCGCUACCUCAACGAAAUCAAACCCCCCAUCAUCCACUACGACCUCAAACCUGGUAACAUCCUGUUGGUGGAUGGUACUGCAUGUGGAGAGAUCAAAAUCACAGACUUUGGCCUGUCUAAGAUUAUGGAUGAUGAUAACUAUGGUGUGGACGGGAUGGACCUCACUUCCCAGGGGGCAGGCACUUACUGGUACCUUCCUCCAGAGUGUUUUGUGGUGGGGAAGGAGCCACCUAAAAUCUCCAACAAGGUGGAUGUGUGGUCUGUGGGCGUGAUCUUCUUCCAGUGCCUCUUCGGACGCAAGCCGUUUGGUCACAACCAGUCACAGCAGGAUAUUCUCCAGGAAAACACCAUCCUCAAAGCCACAGAGGUCCAGUUCCCUGCUAAACCACAGGCCACCACAGAGGCCAAGGCAUUUAUCAGGCGCUGUCUGGCUUACCGCAAGGAGGACCGGUUUGAUGUUCACCAACUGUGCUCGGACUCCUACCUCCUUCCUCACAUGAGACGUUCAAACUCCUCCGGCACCCUGCAGCCCGCCUCCUCCUCUUCUCUCUCUACCUACUGACUGGCUCGCAUGAUUGACAGGACCCUUUGGCCAAUCUCAAGGCAGGAUUGUUGGAAUCUGAAGAUAAUGGAUGCGGCCCUUAUUUUACCCGAGCUGUUCCCAAAUGGAUGAAUAAGCAACGGAGCAGAAUGAACCGGAAAACACAGGAUGGAAAAGAGUGAAACUCCUUAUGCACAUGUUGUGCCCUAGAACUCAACCGUGUGAGAUGGGGGUGGGGGGGGGAAAGAACAUCACUGGAAAAUAGAAUAGAAGGGAGAGAGAGCAGGGCAAGAAUUGAAAGCGACUCAUCGUUGUUUAGAGCCAGAAAAGAAAAUUGAAAAUCGAGUGGAUUUCGUUUUUUACUUUAUUAAACAACCCCUUAAGGGGACAUUUCAACAACUGUAGGAGCUCCUAGAUGCCGUGUUGAAGCCCACAUCUCUUAUCUCUAUUCCAUAGUACAUCUCACAAGAUGGCUUGGGAUUCGUACAACAUAAAGCCGUUGUUGUCGAUGUUGAUUUGAGGCUGGCAUUGACCGGUGGGGAAAUGAAUAAAAAAGGGCAAACAGAUGUGUAUUGAAGAGAAGGGCUACCUGCUCCGGUGAACUCUACACUCUGUUGUUAUAAGGCACAACAUGAUGGGUACAUCUGAAUGAGUUUACCUAUAUAAUCCUUCUGUACAUGAUGGAGUUCACUUGAAAGUGACAUAACCUGAAUGGGACUCCAUUUAAAUAAUAAAAUAAGAAGUUCCAGAUAACAUUUCUGGGAUUGAUUUGCACUUCCGGUCCAGGUCGUGGUGAUCUGGUCUCGCACAUUUGGCAUGAAGUACUACAGCGCGGGCUAGUUCUGAGCUUAUCAGUCGCCAAGUCCUCCGUUCAGUUUCUCUUUUGUUGCAAAGCAAUUCAGAUCAACUGCUGGGUUUACAGGAAGUCGGUCUGUGAAUCUGUCUAAAUCAUCUUUGUUAUUCAGGUAAGAGUCUUAAGUAUUACAGUACCAUGUUUUCAUCAUGUCCUCCGCUACCUGCCUGGAGAGAGUUGGACUGAACUGAGUGAAUGGAUCAGCUGUUACUGUACCGCAAAGACUCGGGACUCAGAAUUUCGUGUCCAUUUCAUGUGCAGGAGACGUCACUCACUAGCAGAUACAUAAUGAGGCUUAUCUUUGCUUCCCAGUGUCUCUCACUUUGCACUCUUGAUUUGUGUUUCCUCCUGAAAGCUGUUCUCAGUUUGCUGCUAUAAAUUUUGCUUUUAGUUUGUAA